UUCUAUGUCAAAACCAAACAAAUCGCAUGUGCUUUACAGGCCAAGUUAUAUGACCUCUGAUGACAUAACAGCAGGCAAGCUGCUGUUCAUCCCUCCUGUAGAUGACUGGCAUAAGGAAAUGAGCAAAUGAGAAACAGGCGAGAACUCUAAAGAAGAGGAGGAACCUAAAGAAGAAACAAAGGAGGGAGAAACUCCAGAAGGAACACCCGAUGUUGAUUACUCUAAGGAAGCUUUUCCGGUUCUAUAUGUGCAUUGUAAAAACCCAAGUGAUGUAAUAUGUGUAUUUUUCCACUCCUAUCAAGACGAUCUAAAAUUAGUGUCUGAAGAUAUGAAAAAGUUAUCAAGGAACUUGAAUUGUCAUGUGAUAUCUCCCGAGUAUCCAGGCAUGGGUAUCUGCUUUGCAGAGCCCAUGUUACAUACAGAGUUGGUCAAGAGAUCAGAAAGACUGAUCAACUUCCUUACUGACUGCUGCAACUUUGAGAAAUCAAAUAUGAUCAUCGUUAGUCGUAAGCAGGGCGCUGAAGUAGCCAUCCAGAUGGCUGCAGAGCACAACUGUGCUCUUCUGACACUUAUUGAAUAUGAAUUCCAAAAGCUUGACCACGCAGAGGAAGGGAUAGGCUUCGUUCCUACCCUUAAGGAAGAUGAAUUCGUGAAAACAGAUAAAAUUUCUUGUCCAAUUUUGUUGAUAAAUAAAGGGAAAAAGACGACUACAAAGAUUGAGAAGGCAAUCGAGUUCAAAAAGUAUAUUGCUAAAAAUAAGGGAAAAAACUACGUGCAUUUACAUAUUGUCAAGGACAAGAAAUUUGAAAAACUUGACAUUUCGAAAGACAUCUCCGUGCCAUUGAUUGAGUUCUCCAUGAAGAUAUAGCCAAGGGACCACUAAAGAGUCAGAAGGCCUCCUCGGCUGGGCCUAGCUCUAAAGAUCAGGCUAGUGGAACCAUAAAGGGGUUAGUUUUAGGUCCUAGAGAAGAUACACCAAAUGAAGAAGUCAGUAGACCCCUCCUGACAGAUGAUAAGCUGAUCCAGCCAAGUCGUUACUACCAGAAGAAAUACCUUGAAAGCCAGUUUGACAGGAUCUACCAUGCGAGUCUAUGCUGUUGUAUUGUGCAAUAAGGA